CUCUCCCAUCCUCCGAGUCGCACUUUACUGCAAAUGCAAAACUUUAGACAGGGAAUCAAUUGCUUUUGCCUUGUUUUAUUUCACCCAAGACACGCAACAACACAACAAUGGCAAGAAGUGAACAAUUUCCAGCCAAACGAAACCGCUGGACAGAUUUCCUGGAAAAGGUUUCCCAAUAAUCCAAACAAAGUUCUCAAAUUCAAGUCUCAUGUUGCCACAAAGCCACGCAAAAUAAAGCGAUUUGUGUUAGGAUUUUAUGUGUAAAUGGAGAGACUUGAUAGCUUUUUGAUAAACACAAAUAUACCCGCAAUAUUUACGACUCCGAGGGUAUGACAAGCGCCAGGAGGAGGCGGACUGUAACUAGCAACAAAUGAACAGGUCGGGGGCGUGACAACAACCGUGAAAAGAACUUGAGGAUGACAGUUAUGGGUUACAAAGGCAAGGAUUGAAUCAAAUAAAUAAGCGCGCAAGGUUCUCGUCUCGUCUCGUCUCAUGUCAGGCAGUUGGGGUCGCUUCGGAUUGAAUCCAAGGGUUGAAUGGGAUUCGAUUGGAACGAACGAACGAGCGGGUUAUACGGGUGUGGGCGUGGGGGUAACCUUACCACGUCCACAUCCACGUCAAGUUUGCAUGCGGCUGCAGGUAAUUCCUCAUUUCAUGCCGUUGUUUUGCUGCCUGGCUGCCUGGCUGCCCUCCAGUACUCCUGCCCUUUACAUAAUCACAAUAAAUAAAUGAAGGAAUGAAGCGGCGAGCGAUUCUAUUAGCAUAACAUCGCAUAAGACGUGUCCUGCUCUGGCUCAAGCUCUAUGUGCCUCUCCGAAUCCAAAUCAGUUGCAUUGGAGUCGCUGAGCUGUGAUGAACGUGUGGAAGGCAAAGGUGCUAACGGAGGUGCCCUUUGGGCAUGUGCUCGUUGUCAGUGGACGCGUCAAGCCGCAUCCCAAUAAAAUCUCGCUGGACCUCACGGACAAUGUAAACGAGAAGAACGAAAGCGAAACGGUUUACCUGAAGAUCGAGGCCAACUUCCGUGAGGGCCAGAUCAUUCGCAGCAUGUUCCAGCCCGGCGAGGGUUGGCAGCAGGAGGAGAUCUCCAAGAACUGGAAGAGCGACGGGCCCAAGAAUCCCCUGAUACCCGGCCAGAGCUUCACCUUCCGCGUGGCCGUGCUCCAGCGCUGCUUUGAGAUCUACGUGAACGAUCAGCUGUAUGGAUCCUUUGAGUUUGUCAAGUUCCCCAAGCAAAUCAAUUAUGUGCGGGCCUACGGGGACUUCGAGAAGAUCACCCAGUUCCAUCACCGCAUGCUCUUCCCACUGGUCUUCCCUCGCACCCUCAUGUGCCCCGAUCGCAUUGCCUUUCAGAGCGAUGUGCCCCGACGCUACGAGACGGGCACCGUUGUGGCCAUGGAGUGCAUUGCCAAGGGUCCACCCAGCACGGAGUUUUCCAUUUGCUUCCAGUGCAACGACAGCGGACGCACCGUGCUACGCUUUCAGGUGAACUUUGACAGGACGACCGUCUCCAGGAGCUACCAACGAGAGGACAACAGCUUUGCCAGCGACGACGAGGAGACCGAGGGCGAGUUCCCCUUUGUGCGUGGCAAACUCUUCAAGAUUGCCUUUGGCCUCGGCGAUCGCGCUUUUCUCAUUGCCGUCAACGGACAGUACUUUACGUACUACAACUUCCCUGUUCGCCCAUUCUCCAUCUCUACGCUGAAGUGUUUCACCAAUGAUGUGGGCGACUUUGCCGUGAGGAGCCUGGAGUACCACUCGGACUCGCCGUUGCUGUCCCGCGUGGAGAAGUUGUCCAUUAUCUAGUGGGAAAUCAGUUUGG